CAUUAUGGCUCACUCAACCACUUGAUUGAUCCAUUACUAAUGACACUUGCCACAAUCAUUAUACAUUAAAAUCUAAAAAUGUACACUGUACAAAAUUUUUAAUAAUUUUUCACCUAGACAUUAUAUAAAAGAUGUAUAUAGGCUUAGGUACUUCCUUUAACCUCACAUUAUGCAUAUACAUAUAUAUUGAACCUAAUUAAAUAUAUCAGUAGUAGGGGAUAAACCAAAACAUAGAAACAAAGAAAAAAAAACGGAAACUUUGCCGACAGAAGAAAAAAAACACAAGAAGGAACAGAGAUUACAAGUACAGACAGGAAGUAGAGUAAUCAUGAGGGAGUGGAAUAUUAAAUCUGCUUAAUAUAUUUUUGCCUAUUUUUGGUUACUCUGACUAAAUCCUGUUUAGAGACGGGUCUAAACGUACCACAUCUACUUUUUCUAAGCGCACACACAGAUCCAUCCAUGAUGCUGAUAAUAGUAAUGUAUGGAAGAACCAAUUUCCCAUAUCUCAAUUCCUUUGGCGAAUCAUGAAGAAUGAUGAAUGAGAAAAUCCAUUCACUAUUCGGACAAAAAGUUUAACCACCCACAAAGUCUAACACCCUUAACUAAGUCGUUUACUCUUUGAUAGAUGAUUCACCCUCCUGAAAUUUAAAGUCAUUACCUUGAAUCCUAAGAUGGAAGUGACAAAGUGGAGAUUUCUGCUUUAAAACCAAAGCCAGCAACACCAAACAGACCCUAACCCCAGAAAGAUUGGUCAGACCAACCCUCUCUCUCUCUUCUUUUUUGGCUCAAUAUUGUGGUAUGGAGAACAACAAGAAGAAGGGUUUGGAGAUUGAGUUUCACAUGACUGGAGGAACUGGCAAAACUAGCUAUGCCAAAAACUCAUCUCUUCAGAAGAAAGCAUCUGAUGAGGCAAAGCACAUAACACUGGAGACAGUGCAAGAGCUUUACAAGGCAACAAGUCCCAAGAGUUUGGGAUUAGCUGACCUGGGUUGUUCUUCCGGACCGAACACGCUGUCAACGAUCAGAGACAUCAUCGAAGCCGUCGAAGCUGUUCAUCGAGAUACGACCUCAAGCCAGCCGUCGCCUGAGUUCUGUGUCUUCCUCAACGAUCUUCCCCGCAACGACUUCAACUCCAUAUUCAAGGCCUUGCCUGAGUUCCACAGAGAGCUCAAGAGAGAUAGAAAUGGCGGUUCUCCUCCUGUUUUCAUCGCAGCUUACCCUGGUUCCUUCUAUGGAAGGCUCUUCCCCGACAACACCCUUCACUUCGUGUACUCUUCCUACAGCUUACACUGGUUGUCGAAGGUCCCUCCGGCUAUCUACGAUGAGCAAGGCAAGUCCAUGAACAAGGGCUGCAUUUAUAUCUGCUCUUCGAGCCCCGAAGUUGUGUCAAAAGCGUACUACGAUCAAUUCAAGGAAGAUUUCUCCUUGUUUCUCCAGUGUCGAUCGAAGGAGUUGGUUUCCGGAGGCAGAAUGGUGCUCAUAUUACUCGGAAGAGAAGGUCCGGGUCAUAUCGACAGAGGAAACUCUUUCUUCUGGGAACUCCUUUCAAGAACAGUUGCCGAUCUGGUUGCUCCGGGGGAAACCGAAGAAGAGAAGCUCGAUUCCUACGACGUGCACUUCUAUGCGCCGACAGCAGCUGAGAUAGAGGGCGAAGUGAUAAAAGAAGGGUCUUUCGAGUUAGAUAGGUUAGAGAUGUUAGAAGUGGACAGGCAGACUGGAGACAACGCUAUCGGCUAUGGUAAGACAGUCGCUAAAACUGUGAGGGCAAUUCAAGAAUCUAUGCUUAGCCAACACUUUGGAGAAGAAAUUCUGGACAAGCUUUUCGAGUCUUAUGGUAGAUUGGUUGACGAGGAAGUGGCUAAAGAAGACAUAAGACCCAUCACCUUGGUUGUUGUCCUAAGAAAGCUGUGAACAUUAUCUGAUGAUGGUGGGGUGAUUCAUGGGAACCUAUUCUAAAAGGUAAAUCUAACUCAAGUUUAAUGUACUCGAAGACAAUAAGUCGACUAGACUCUCAGGAAAUCACAUUGACUUCACUUGAUGUAACAUGCCUAUGGUAAACUAGUUGGAAACUUUUAUAAUUUAUAAUGCAAGAAGCCGCACCUUGUUGUUCUUGUUUCUGCUGAUGAUAAUAAAUCUGUAGUUCCUUCUU